UUCUAUUAUAUUGCCCUAGUUUCAUUGAAAGCCGCCAUUAACCGUCGUUAUUGUGUCAAAACUUUCAUACAUUAUUAAAGCCAUAUUCAGCGGAAAUAAGAAGAGAGUGCAAAAUGGUGAAAUUUACAUUUGAUCCUUUCACGGUUGUUUUGCGAAAUUCAGACCGCCUUCCGACCAAAAUAUAGUUAGCAUAAAGAUAAGGGUUAAUAUUGGUACCGGCAUAGAUGAAUACCCGCGGGAAGCGACGCCGCUUGAGACACAAAUUAAAGACCCCGGGACGCAACGAAAUGUACUUAUUUCACUAUAUCCGCAAAUCCGCGCCAAUCACAAUGCAAAGAUUUGGUCACCUGACAAUUUCAAUAGCGAGAGAAUUAAAAACAACCGAAGCCGUAGACGUUUUCCGAUCGCAAGACGUCGAAAGAGAAUGGAGUUAUCAGUAUUUGUUUCGCAUGAGAAUGAACGGAACGUUCAAAAUACAGAAAUUCAUUGAGAGGAAGCAAUGAAUGAGAAAGCGACGCUAUCUUAACCAUUUUACUUCGAAAAAGCAAUGAAUGAACUGGGACUUGCUUUAUGUCUCGCCGUCGUUCUAAGCACUGUUAGGGACAAAGCUUCUGUUGGAGGUUACUUAGCCAUUGAAAGAAAAGAGGAGAAAAGGUUUGCUUUUUUCCGCAACGUCAAUAAAGACAACGCUCUAGAAGGUCAUGUGAUAUCAACGUAUUUAGUCCACUCCGAGCUGGAUUGUUUGCAAAAAUGUCUCUUGAACGCCAAAUGCUUGUCUCUCAACUUUCAACUUCUCAGCGCAGGGUCCCGUCACGUUUGUGAGCUGAAUGACGCGACUCGGUUGUCAUCUGCUCACGGGCUCACGUUUUGUGGCGGAUGCUCAUAUCUCGAACCUAUAGUGUUACCAAACCUGGGACAGGAAAGUUCAUCACAUGUGACAGACAGCCUACAGAACUCAGCUGCAUCCCCAGCUCAGAGCAGUCAAGAAGAGAUGCCCUUCGUGUCCACUGUCACAUCUCCGAUGGUAUUAUCAGCCCUGUUAACACCGUCAACGUCAACAGCUGUGCAAUUACCAAUGGUGUCGUCCGCGGCAUUAGUUCUAUCCACGUCACCAACAAUGUCCACCUUACCGAUGACGUCAUCGGCUAUUUUGGUUGCAUCUUCCUCAACAAUGAGGACGAUUGGAAUAUGUUCCGUGACAUCAAUUCUACAAAUGUCACCAUCAUCGGUCGUCUUAUUUAUGUCGUCAUCGGUUGCACAACUAGCAGACUGUGCCGAUGGCUGGCAUCAAUACAGAACUGGGUGCAUUAAGUUUUUCACUACCUCUCUAACGAAAUCGAAAGCGUAUCAAAAGUGUCAGGAAUUUAAAACUGCUGACCAAAUCAAGGGAAAAUUGGUCAAGAUUCCAUCCAGUGAUGAUAACGACCAAGUUGUAAGCCUAUCACUUAAGUCAGGAAGGUACUACAUUGCUCUGUCAGACUGGUAUGAGGAGGGUGUUUAUCGUUGGAAGGGACAAACCGACAAGGCCACGUAUUUUAACUGGAAGGCAGGCUACCCACAAGAAUAUAACAUUGAGAAGAAUAGAGACUGUGUGGUUAUCUCGACCAACCCCAGUGAUUAUUAUAAGAAGUGGACCACUGUCGAGUGUAGUAAUAGCUGGCAUUUCAUAUGCGAGUGUGAAGAUGCUUGUUCUUAAACUGGCAGGAAAAGGUCACUGCAGUUGUCCAAUUCACAAGGUUCUUUCUGUGACCCUUUGAGCGAGUACCGGGAGAGGGACCCUCAUGUGGAAAAGUCGGGGAAGCUCGUCGAAAAAAAUUGAAUUAAGCCACUACAGGAGAUCAAUAUGGGCGGGGGUCGAGCUUUAUUUGACCCUUAUAAAAUAGCACUUGAAAAUGGACAUGAGUGCAACCCUAAGAGAUACUUGGAGGAUUACUAGCGGCGUUUCCCCCUGAAUGCCCAAAGUGAGACCAAAAUCCGUGAUUUACACCCCAAAGCGAGAUGACGAGCACUCGUGACCUUUUCUCAUGGGGUCCUUCCCUCUUUCCCCCUUAGGGUUGAGUGUCUCAUCGAGUAGUCCAAUUUAAUUAAUCGUCGAUAACAGACAGACAAAUCAUAGCAGUAUUGGAUGGUUUAAUUUACCGUAGGCAAAGACAGAUGUAUUAAUUUCUUAGUAAGCAAGACAGAGUUACUUUAAAAUCAUUUUAUUUAAAAUUGGGCGCCACGAUUGCAUGAUCGUGUUGUCGGCUCGCAUGAAACUAUAUGGAACAAGACUGUGAUGUAGCAAUCAACCUUUGUUGGCUGUAUAAGAAAUUGGAGAAAGAAGGAAGAUGGAAUUCUUACAAACUUUUUCUAGAGUAUUUUUAUCAAACAAUGUGAGCGACACGCCGCACUUUCUAAAUCUCGAUUUCCCAAAAAUGUUACGCUAAGAUUUCAACUGGCUCAAGAGCCUCUUGAGUGGCUAAAUUGAGUUCUACAGCCCCUUAGCGUAGAAUAUAAAAAACAUUUUACUCUGAAAUGAAUUGCUCUAGCAAAGAGAGCUAUAAGGUACUAUAGAAAAUAGAUUGCACUAAGUCAGAAAGCAAGUGAAGCACUUAAAAACCAACUUGAUGUUAACUGAAACGUGCGAUACAGGGGCGUAGAAAGGAUUUUUCAAAGGGGGAUCACACUGUGUCAAAAUGAGGGUACUCACCAGAUUUUCGUGUCGUUUUUGCCACCUGUUGUAGGUUAUUUGCUUAAAAAAGGCUUACAAAUGGAGGGGUCAUGGACACCUCAGCACCCCCGCCCCCUAGCUACGCCCCAGCGGUAAAUGUAUUAGCCGUCUUAACAAGCUUGGAAAAGCUUAUAUUUCUAGCGUCAGCCAUCGUUGAAGCAAAAUAACAAACAGCUACUGAGUUUCAAAUAAAUACUCCAAAAUUUCCGUAAAACAAAAACAAAGUACCAAAAAAAAAAACUAUGAUAACUUCAGUAGAUAAUUUACUUAGGUGGCCCGAAUGUCUAAGACAUUCAAAUGGUCCGAAACACAGAGCACCCGUACUUGAGGGACGCUUGAGAGUCCUCGCUUAUCACGUACGUGCAUUGUGAAGAUCAUAAAUUUAUUUGUAGUCUAUAUCUGCCUCUUUGUCGUUCACUGACACAAACAUGACCAUGCGUGCCUGACCAACGUGAAGGUCUGCAACGUGAUCUCUGAAAACCGGCUUAAACAAAGCGAUACAGCUUGUGUAAAAUGCAACCACAGUACUCAAUCCUGAUACCAGGAAUAUGUUCACUGCCAGUCAUCCUUCCACCAGUUUAUCAAAUUGCAGUACAAUACUGAUCGCUUAGUUGUUAAGGCCUUCCAUUGGAUAUCUCAGUCAAUCAUUUCCUUAUCUAAGAGUAUCGCUGAUACAUAUUAGUUAUUCGACGCUUUCUAGUGGU